AUGAAGUUUUCUGCGGUUGCGGCUGUGGCAGGUGCCAUUCUUUCCUAUGAUGGGCGCGUUGCUGCUUCUCCUUUAAAGAUAGAGGUAUUUGAGAUUUCGACGCUGGGCGGCAUGACCUUCAAGAUCCACCAGGCGCCAAACAAGGCCUUUUCAGGCCUUCGCAAGGGCCCGUUGGCUAUUGCGCGAGCUUACACGAAAUUUGGACUUACAUUUCCGGACGAUUUGUCCUCCGUAAUAGAACAACUGCUAGAGGAGCUUGGACUACUGAAGGGUAACAAGGGCAACAGUACGGCCGUUGCUGGCCAAGGUGAGGUGGCAGCAAUUCCCGAGAUGUUCGAUUCCGAAUAUCUCUGCCCUGUUCAAAUAGGUACACCGCCGCAAACGUUGAAUCUGGACUUCGAUACAGUGAACGGACAGGCGAUUUACAACGUGGCCGCCAGUUCGACGGCCCAGCAGAUGAUGGGAGCAUCGUGGUCUAUCAGAUACGGCGACGGCAGCGCCUCAAAUGGCGUCGUGUUCACCGACACUGUGUCUGUUGGCGGCAUCACGGUCCAGAACCAGGCAGUCGAGGCCGCCCGCAACGUGUCGUCUGCUUUCACUCAGAGAGCAAGCACCGAUGGGCUGCUCGGCCUGGCGUUCAGCGACCUGAAUACUGUCAGUCCUACACCGCAGAAAACCUUCUUCGAUAAUGCCAUGAACAAUCUGGCGUCCCCCUUGUUCACGGCCAACUUGAAGAAGGCAGAAGCUGGAAACUACAACUUCGGUUUUAUUGACCCCACGGAACACACCGGCGACAUCUCGUUCGUCCCAGUCAAUGCCUCGUCUGGGUUCUGGCAGUUCACGGCCGCAGGGUACAAGGUCGGCAACUCGCAAGCCGUCUCGCUUCCCCACGUUGCAAUCGCCGACACGGGUACUACUUUGCUGUUCGUUCCCGAGCAGAUCGCCGCGGCCUACUACUCCCAAGUCCGCGGUGCGGUGAACGACGUCACCGGGGCUGGCGGGUAUACCUACCCCUGUUCGGCCACGCUCCCCGACUUUACGGCCAUCAUUGGUGACUAUCAAGCGCUGGUGCCCGGCGAUAUCAUCCCUUUCGCACCCGUCGACGGAAACACCUUUGAUACCGCCACUACCUGUUUUGGCGGCCUGCAAGCCACCCCGGCCGGUCUGCCGUUUGCCAUUUACGGGGAUAUCUUCCUGAAGUCACAAUUUGUGGUUUUCCACGGCGGUAACAAGCAACUUGGUUUUGCCGCCAAACCACUAUAA